UGCCACGUGACCUAGCGACCCCGCCCCCUCCCGCGGGAGACGCGGUGCUGCGGAUUGGAACAGGGUUGUGGGAGACCCCAAGUUCGGCUGUGAAUCUGGGCGGAAUCGAAGCCUAGGCAGCAGUGCAGCCUAAGCCGCUCGGGCAGGCGAGCGAGCAAGCGAGCGGGAGGGCUAAGGAGUGACGAGUGACGAGCGACGAGCUGCACCGCGGCGUGCGGCGCCGUGGAGGGCGCUGCCCGCGCGCUCCCAGGCCGCCACGGCCCUGGGGUGUCUUGGAGGAACACUCGGCGCCCGGGGCCGGUUUGGCCGGGCCAUUCAGGGGCGCUGUCGAGGUGCGAGGCGCUUGGGGUCGGGGUCUGAGGCUGGGCGGAGCGGACCCUUACGUGGGUGAGGCUGCCCGGGGAGCAUGAGCGGGCAGCGCGUGGACGUCAAGGUGGUGAUGUUGGGCAAGGAGUACGUGGGCAAGACAAGCUUGGUGGAACGAUACGUGCACGACCGCUUCCUGGUGGGGCCCUAUCAGAACACUAUUGGGGCUGCAUUCGUGGCCAAAGUGAUGUCGGUUGGAGACCGAACGGUGACUUUGGGUAUUUGGGACACAGCAGGCUCUGAGCGCUAUGAGGCCAUGAGCAGAAUCUACUAUCGCGGGGCUAAGGCUGCCAUCGUUUGCUACGACCUCACUGACAGCAGCAGUUUUGAAAGAGCAAAGUUCUGGGUGAAAGAGCUGCGCAGCCUAGAGGAGGGCUGUCAAAUCUACCUGUGUGGCACCAAGAGUGACCUGCUGGAGGAAGACCGGCGCCGCCGCCGUGUGGACUUCCAUGAUGUCCAGGACUAUGCAGACAAUAUCAAAGCCCAGCUCUUUGAAACAUCCAGCAAGACAGGUCAGAGUGUGGACGAGCUCUUCCAGAAAGUGGCAGAGGAUUACGUCAGUGUGGCAGCCUUCCAGGUGAUGACAGAGAGAAGCUGCCAGGACCAGACCUCCUUUCUGCCCUUUGCUUUCACCAGGCAAUGUUAGAAUACAACCAGGAGUCCAGCUCCAGUGAGCAGACAGUGCCCAGCCAGGGAGGGUUGCUACUACACUUCAUGCCCUGACGAUAGUGUGGGGUGGAGGAUGUGAAGAAUAAAAUCUUAUCAUUAAUGUCAGAAAUGUGGAUUUGGUUUAGCAGAGGAUUGACACAGUGAUUUAAGUUAAUGUUGAACUCAAUAACUUUAGAGGAAAGCAUAUUUCUAAAAAUAUGGAUGCUUUUGUAGCAAUAAUAGCUAUUUCCUUUUAGAAGGGGGGUUGGCUCCUACAUUCGGAGCAAAUGAGGCUUUGAAUGCAAAUUUUAACAGUUUCCAUAUUUUUUUUUUUUUCCUGACUUAACAGGGCUAGGAGAGGUAUUAGUUUUCUAGCUACCUAUGGAGCAUUUCCACCUUUGGCUUGCCCCUUGAAAAUACUUCCUGGCUGGGGAGCUUACUCACAGGUAGACUCUCUUGAGCUCCUAGUUUCCAAGCACUUAGCCAAAUAACAAACACCAAAAUACCAUCCUGCACAAGGAUCAUACGUUUCUAAGAUAAAAGAGUUCCUUUUAACUGCCAAUUCAAACUCCCUUGAAGAAAGGUCUCAUUGCAGACUUUUCCUGAAGCCAAAAAUGGGUGUAGGGUCAUCCUUUCCCCACCUUCAUAAUGAGUCAUUUUCUACCAGUUUUGUUGACUCUGCUUCUAUUGGAUAGUGAGUGCUUCCAUGAUUUCAACUCUCCACUAUCACAUACAUUAUCAGUGGGCCCAAAGGCUCAAAUUUCUAGUUUCCAUUCAACAACCUUAGUCUUUUCAGUAGCCCUGGGCAAAGGCCUGACUAUCCAUCCAUUAAGAACUGUCCCCUCCAACCAAGUGCAUAGCUCAAGUUGUUUUCCCAGGCAGCUCUAGAACCAAGCCUCCAGUGAAUGGUGGAGAAUGGAAAGAACCAAAACAAAACCAGAAAGUAGCCAAAAGUGGCACAGCCCCUUAUCUCUCACUUCCUCCUGUCCUGUGAGACAUUUCUAGACAGCUGUCAGUCAAUUACCUACCAAAGCCUACUUCAGAGAAGCUAGUUUGGGAUCAAACUUCUCCACUUAAAUUUUUUACAUAGCCUGCACGCCCCCCACCCGCCCAAAUUCACAGUUUAUUUCAUGAAACAAAGAGCUACGGUAAUUGAACACAUAACAUAGUGAAAGGAUUUUUUUUUUUUUGACAGUGCAGUGCAGAUAUCUUUUUCUGAUCACAACUACAGAUGACAGGAGAGCAACAGGCACAGGACUGGCACCAAGCAAACCUAUUCACACAAUCUAAGAGAUUAGGAAAGGGGCCUACUAGCUGCAGUUAUAUAUUUAUUAUUCUCACACAUGAUAAAUACUUAAUAUAGUGAA